AUGGCAGACUUAAUCCUAAGCCCACUUUUACAAGUACUCAUUGAUAAGUUAGCAUCCCCAUUCCUAGAAAAGCUUUGUGAUCUCUACCAUUUUAGGGAGAACAUCGGAAGACUACAGGACUCAUUACCGAUGGUUCAAGCUUUCCUGGAAGAUGCAGAGGACCGACAGGUGACGGAAAAAGCUGUCAAAGUUUGGCUGUUGAAGCUUAAAGAUAAAGUUUGUGAGACUGAGGACUUGUUGGAAGUGAUCACAGCAGAAAUCACUCUGUGUGAGAGUCGCAGCAGCAUCAGAACAAAGGUACACAAAUUCCUGUUGCCCUUUGAACCAUCAAGACGUUUUUUUGAAUUUGCAAGUGAGCUUCAAAAUAAGCUUAAACUGCUAGAUAAGAUUGCUAAGAAGGGACAAAGUUUUAAUUUAAGAGAAGGGAUUGUCAAUAGGCAGACUGAGAACUUAGGUAGAAGGAGACCAACAGGUUCUUUUGUAAUUAAAUCAGAAGUUUAUGGAAGAGAAAAGGAUAAAGAAGAGAUUUUGAAGCUUCUGUUACCUAUCUGCAAAGAAAAACUCAAAGGGGAUGUUUCAGUCAUUCCAAUAGUUGGGAUUGGAGGCCUUGGUAAGACAACUCUAGCUCGAUUGCUCUACAACGAUGAGAAGGUGACCCAGUAUUUUGAUUUGAAAAUAUGGGUGUAUGUGUCUGAAGAUUUUGAUCCAAGAAAGAUCAUUUUAUCAAUUGUAGAGUCUGCAACGAAAAAAAAAUGCAAAUUCUUGGAGAUGGAUCUACUUCAAUCCCUACUGCAAGAAUCAUUAUGUGGGAAGAGAGUUUUGCUUGUGUUGGAUGAUGUAUGGAAUGAAGAUCAAGGAGAGUGGAAUGAACUAGGUGAUUUAUUAAGAAGUUGCAUGGAAGGAAGCAAAGUGAUAGUCACUACGCGAAGUAAAAAGGUUGCAUCAAUUAUGGGCACUACUUUCCCACACCGACUCAAGGGUUUGCAUGAGGAUGAUUGUUGGCUUUUGUUCAAGAAACGUGCUUUUGGUCACGGAGAAGAAGAAGAGCAUCCUGAUCUGCUGCCAAUUGGUAAAAAGAUCAUCAAGAAAUGUGGAGGUGUGCCUUUAGCAGCACAAACUUUGGGAAGCCUAUUGCGUUUCAAAAGGGAGAUGAAAGACUGGUUGUUUGUACAGGAGAGUGAACUUUGGAACCAUGAAGAAUGCCAAACUGGCAUUUUGCCAGCUCUAAGGUUGAGUUACAUCUAUUUGCCAUCACAUCUCAAGCGAUGCUUUGUAUAUUGUUCAUUAUUUCCUAAAAAUUAUGAAAUCAAUAGGGAGAAGUUGAUUCAUCUGUGGAUGGCUGCAGGCUUAAUUCUAUCAUUUGGAGGAAGUAGGGUAUUGGAGGACAUUGGUGAUGAGUAUUUCAAUGAUUUUUUGUGUCUUUCUUUCUUUCAAGAAGUUGAGAAAAGUGAGGAUGGUAGCAUAAAAGUGUACCAAAUGCAUGAUGUCAUUCAUGAUCUUGCGCGAUAUGUUGCAGGAAAUGAGUUUGUUAUAAUAGGUCAUGGUCUUGCCCCGAGUAAUCUUGCACAAACUCGUCACUCAUCCAUAGAUUACAGUGUCUACCCAUCUUCUUUUCCGCAUGGCUUGUUUAAAGCAACACAUCUACGAACUCUCCUAUUCUUGUGUCCUGGAGACCACUUUGAAGAGCUUCCUUCUUCUCUGACUGCCAUGUUUGUCUACUUGCGGGUUCUAGAUUUAAGUCAAUGUGGCAUUAAAACAGUGCAGAAAUCAAUCAAUGAAUUGAUGUGUUUGAGAUAUCUUGACCUUUCAAACUCCUCAAUCCAAACUCUCCCCCAUACUAUAUGCGACCUCUGUAAUUUGCAGACACUGAACUUAUCAGGUUGCAAUAACCUUGUGGAGUUGCCCCUAGGGAUGGGGAAGCUGAUUAGCCUAAGACACCUUAAUAUAAUGGGGUGUGAAAGAUUGAGUCGUAUGCCUUAUGGGAUUGGAAAGUUGGUUCACCUUCAGACGUUGCCGAUAUAUGUUGUGGGCAAGGAGACUGGAGAAAGCAUUGCAGAACUCAAUUGUCUAAAUGUAAGGGGUGAUCUGAACAUAAAAUGCUUGGAGAAUGUGAAAGAUUCAGAAGAAGCAAAAGAAGCUAAUUUGAGAGGAAAGAGAUACCUUCACAUGUUAGCAUUACAUUGGGGAAAUAACGUCGAGGGUCACAACUUGAAAGCUGCAAACAGGACCACUUCACAUGAGGUCAAAAAUAAUAAACAUGCAGUCUCAUCAGGAUCAUCACAUGGGGAAAAUAGCAAUGCUAGGAUGAGAGAAGUGGAAGAAAUUCUCAGAUGCCUUCAACCACACCCAAAUCUUAAGAAACUUUUUAUCAAAGGAUAUCCAGGAAUCAAGUUUCCUUAUUGGGUUCUUCCAAGUCUAGUUGUGGUUACAUUGAUCAACUGUAAAAGAUGUGAAAGUUUGCCUACCCUUGGGCACCUUGCGUUCCUCAAGACUCUCUACCUGCAAGAAAUGGAUGGUGUUACACACAUUGCAGAAGAGUUCUACUCUGGGGACACCGAGAAACCCUUCCCUUCUCUCAAAGAGCUAACACUCAAAUAUUUUCCUAACUUGGAAAAAUGGUCCUGCAUUGAUGACAAACAAGCAUUCCCUUGUCUGGAAAAGUUAAUUGUAGACGCAUGUCCUAAGCUGACAACUGCACCAGUCAUUCCAUCUCUUCAACAUCUGGAGCUGCGUGAUUGCCAUCCAGAGAUACUGAACUCCAUAAAAAGUAUAACCUAUAUUUCUGUCCUUGUUAUUGACACAUUUCCAGAGUUGCAACAUCUACCAGGAGAAUUUCUGGAAAACAAUACGCGUCUUGAAUAUUUGGAGAUCUGCUCCUGCCAAAACCUUCAUGCACUGCCUUCAGAAAUAGAGAACGCCAUUGCUCUAAAGUCUUUGAUUGUUAGUUGCUGUGAGGAGCUAUCCAGUUUGCCACAUGGACUGCAAAAGCUUAAAGGUUUGGAGUUACUGGAUAUUAAUGGCUGCCACAAGAUAAAGUUUUUGCCGGAGGAUGGGAUUGGAGGAUUGAGGUCCCUCCAAACUUUGUCCAUUGAGAACUGUAACAAACUGAUUUCUUUAUCUAGCGGACUCCGGCAUCUCACAGCCCUUCAGCAGUUGACCAUUAUGAGUUGCCCCGAAUUGGAUUCAUUGCCACAUGGUUUGCAAAAUCUCUCGGCACUUCGGAGCCUUAGCAUUGUAUCCUGUCCUGAGUUGUCUUCUCUGCCAGAAAGUCUACAAUAUGUCACAAAACUGCAAACUUUGGUAAUUCAUAGCUGUCCUGGCCUCACAGUUUUGCCAGAUUGGAUUGCAAACUUUUCUUCACUUAGGUCAUUGGCAAUUACAAAUUGCCAUUAUCUGAUAUCAUUACCAGAAGGACUGCAACACCUUGGUACGCUUCAGCACCUAUCAGUUCAAGAUUGUCCAGGUAUUGAACGACGGUACAAGCAGAUGGGAGGCAAGGAGUGGCAUAAAAUAGCUCAUAUCCCGCAUCUCUACAUUGGGACACCAGAAUUUGGAAAAUAA